CCAGAGGGGGAGGGGGGGCAUCAAAGGUUCGUGUAGGGUUCGCGAAUUGGGAAAGACGACAGUAAAAAGUUGUCACGAUUCGUUAAGUUUGGUGUAAGGCAAGUCUCAGUCCAAAAAAACACUUGUACUCAGUCUAGUGUAAAAUAAAACAGUGUUGGGCAGACGUUAAGUUAAACAAAGAAUUCCGCUCUCAUAGAUUGGCUGAAGCCACACAAGGAGACGAUACUGUUGAGUUGGAGAUGUGUGUUUGUUGAUUCAAACUUGGGGAGUUUUCUGGACUAUUUUCAUCAUUUGACAGACGGUGCCAGAUAAAAAUGUCAGCGCGCGCCCAUCUUCUGUCAGUGCUUGUGGUGUUGGUGCUGCUGACACAAGGCUGUACCAGUCAGGCCUCCGGCACCGAGCAGACCAACACUUCAUCGUCUGCGGACAAUGGAACUUCCACAUCCAACGGUACUGACGCAGUAAACGCAACAACAGCAUUUACCACAGCAUCGUCAAGUUUGACAACAGCAGCGCCAAUAACAACACCACCAGCAACAGCAGCGCCAAUAACAACACCACCAGCAACAGCAGCGCCCCCUACAACACCACCAGCAACAGCAGCGCCCCCAACAACACCACCAGCAACAGCAGCGCCCAUAACAACAGUGCCCACAACCAUCAUGCCUACCACAACGCCCACAACCACCACGACUACUACAGCGCCCACAACCACCACGACUACUACAGUCAAACCCCUGGGCCCCUGCUCCAGUGUGCCGUGUAAGCACGGAGUGUGUAGCGCCAACGAAACCAGCUACUGGUGCACGUGUGAUGAAGGUUGGACCGGCAGAAACUGUUCGGAAGAUAUUGAUGAGUGUGCGAAUAAAAUUCAACCUGUCUCUUGCCGUGAGCAUUCAACGUGUGUCAACACAGCCGGCUCCUACACGUGUCCGUGUGUUGAUGGAUACCUCGAUGUUGACGGCGUCUGUAGAGCUGAUACCUUGUGGAAAGACUACAAAAACUAUACAAGACAGUGUAAUACAACUGUAUGCAGUAUCAGCACAGCUAUUCCAUUUUCCUAUUAUGGGAGAAUUUUCAAUCAAAUCUCUAUCUACAAAAACGGCUAUGCAUCUUUAGACAAUGGACUUCUUUUGGAACAGCCACCUCUGAAAGCAAAUUGGCCCUUGUCUCCAAUUUACUUGGGAGUUUACUGGGCAAAUCUCAGUAUACAGAAUCAAACUUGGUUGUACGUUUAUGAAGAAAAGCCAAAUGCUAGUAGUUUGGAUACAAGCAGUUCAUUGUCAACUUUUGUGAAGAAAGUGCUUUCAUCAACUUAUUCAUCAUUUCAACCUUUGUAUGUUAUUGCUGCAACAUGGGACGGUGCUCAGCCGUAUCCUGCCACUAAAUACCCUAAUGACAAAGCAACAUUCCAGCUAAUCCUUGCUACCGACGGGGUGAAUUCAUUUGCAAUAAAAAACUAUGCUGCCUUGUGGAACAAUAUAAAUAUUGUGGGCAGACCUCUGGUGUAUCAGACCUAUACAUGGAAGAAUGCAAUUUUGACACAAGAUAAAGUUCCUGUAAGCUGGUCUCGUGCUGAUGUUCUUGCUUUUGAUCAACAACAACACAUCAGCUCAGUGGUGAACUGUGUGAAAGAUUUACAGGCAUCUAUUUCACAAUACAACAAUCAGUCAUCUGAGAACAAAUGUCCUUGUAACUUGAAUCAGUCAAAAAUGGAUUUAAGAUUUACAACUGGAUCAAAUAACUGUUAUACCAGUCAAGUACCUACAAUAAAUGCUCAUUGUUGUUAUGACACAUCUGGUCAGCUCUUCAAAAGCGCAGAACUGAAUAAUAAGUUAUCUCAGUGCUGUAAGGAUGCACCUGCAGCCUGUAAGUGGCUGACAUCAGAGGCUCAGUUACCUGAAUGCACUUACAAGCUACAAACAGCCUGGGGAUAUGGAUAUUCUCAUCUAAAAACUUUUGAUGGCAACAAAUAUACCUUGAAUGACAUUGGGGAUUUUAUAGUUCUUAAACUAGGAGAUGUUGAACUACAAGGGCGUACAGAGAAACAUGGAAGUGUCAAUACAACUUACUUUACUUCUUUUGCAAUUAAAGUGAAAAAUGCAAGUUUUGUGUAUACCAAUGUUAAUGCAGAACUGCUAGCAAAGUGGGCUGGAAACCAGUUGCCAGAUGGGCUUCAGUAUCAUGUACAGCCUGUUUCAAAUACCAUUGUCAAUUUCUCAACAGUCAAUUGGGUCUUACAGGUCUCUCUGAAUGGAAAUGUUAUGUCAUAUACAGUAUAUGUUUACAAUGGCAACCUGACCACAUCUGGUUUAUUAGGCACUCUUGACAAUAACGCUUCUAAUGAUUUUCAAUUCCAAAAUGGGACAACUAUUUCUGGCACAGCUUCAAAGCAGAGUACUAAAACUAUCAAUGAAUUUGUGGAGUCAUGUAAGAAAGAAUUGUUUUUUUUUUCAAAAGGGAAAAUAAAUGUGUCAUCUUUUGAAAAAAGAACAACUGUGGUCAAUUAUGAACCAGAGGAAUUCCCAACUUCAGCUGAAGAUAUGUUGAAAAUGUUUAAUGACAGCAAUGAAGAAGCAAUGGCAAGUCAACUUUGCAAAGAAGAAAUUUUCUGUUUGCAAGAUUAUUUUGCGUUCAAUAGCAAUAGUACAGCACUAGAAACACAAAAUAAAGUGGCAGCCCUUGAUUCAAUUAAGGAGGAGAGUGAAAUUAAAACAAUAGUGUUUGCUAAUAACAUGACGGAAUACAGAAUAAAUGGUUCUAAAGCUUUGACAGUGGAACUGAAGUUUCAAGGAAAUGUUUCAGUGACAUUAACAAAAGAUGGGUUUGAAAGCAGCAAAGGACUUGUUUUAGAAAAUACGACCAUCACUUGGAAUAUCAGUCUAGAGUUGGAAUCACUGCGAAAUUAUAAAUUUCCCAAAACACUAGCCAUUACAGCCAGAGAUGCAAAUAACAAUACAGGACAAUAUAAGCCUCGUAUUCUACUUUGUUUGUGUGAAAAGGAAAACCAGUGUAACUAUGAACUUUCCCCUUACACAGAUGUAGCUGGUGACUUCAAUGGUAAUGUACACAGUGUUGCUUGUGUAUGUGAUGAGAGAUCCAAGGGACAGUACUGUGAGAUAGCUGCUAAUGUUUGUGAAAACUGUUUCAACACAUCAGCAUGUAAUCAAACAGCUGCUGAUUAUUGCUCUGCUUGUCCAACUGGCUAUGAAGGUGAUGGGAAAACAUGCACAGAUAUAAACGAAUGUGCUAACAACAAUGGAGGAUGUGAGCAAAGCUGUACAAAUUUAGCUGGGUCCUCUCUGUGUGGAUGUAAGGCAGGAUUUCUCCAGAAUGGUAACACGUGUACAGAUGUGAAUGAGUGUGAAAAUCUCACUGUUUGUGGAAUGUCUAACAAGUACUGCAGCAAUAGCCCAGGAUCUUAUUCCUGUCUCUGUUUUCCUGGACUUGUUGGUGAUAACUGCAUCAGAGCUCCCUACAUAUAUCUAGGUACACUUGUAAUUGUAGGACAAGAAUGGACAAAUGAGCUGACAAUAAAAUCUUCUUUAACAUUUGCAACUUUAGCAGAUAAAAUAAAAACAGCAGUCAAGCAAGCUUUGACAAGCCGUUUACAAUUAAACAAUGAUACAUUUUAUGUUGAUGUGCUGUCAUUCGAGACAAAGGGAAGUGGGGCACAAUCAGGUGGAAGAAGAAAAAGAGAGACAACGGCUACUGACAUUGUAGCUACCUAUGAAAUCCGCACAGCUAAUUACCUACCACCUGAUAAUGUAAAUACUGCCUUAAGUAAAGCAUAUUAUGGUGAUGGAACAUGCAAACAGAAUUGUUUGUUUGCACCUAGUUUAAUAGUCUCAGGACCACCUUCAAUAAAUGCCACAGCUGAUUUGUGCCAGCAGCCUAUGAACAAGAAGUGUGAUCCCCUUACAACUACAUGCCAGACAGGAAAUCAAACUAUGUCAUGUACAUGCAAAACAGGAUUUUCAGCAGAUGAUCUUGACCCCUACUCAUGUAAAGAUAUUGAUGAAUGCACUGGUGUAAACAACUGCAAUGUGACAGAGUUUUGUUCAAACAACUUUGGAAGUUAUGAAUGUAUCUGCAGUGCAGGUCUUCAGUGGGAUAAAACCAUAACCAAGUGUACACCUGACAAAUGCAGCUCUAGCCCAUGCCAACAUGAUGGAGUUUGUUACACAUCAUCACUAGAGACAUCUGGUUAUUUGUGCAGGUGUACAUAUGAGUGGGAUGGGCCAACCUGUAGUGAUGAAAACACUGAUGCUAGGAAAAUGAAGAUUGCAGUUAUUUGUAUCAGUGUCAUCUUGGGAUUUUUGUGCCUGUGUCUUAUCAUCAUCCUGAUAGUUGUUUGUGUAAGAAAUCGAAGGAAGGGGUCUGAUUGGACAUUAGAUAGUCACACUUAUACCAACAGUCGCUACAAGGAUUUUGAAAGUGUGCCACGUCCUAAGGUCAAAGGAGUUAGCCAAACUUACGGGACUGAAAUGGCAGAAAAUGGACACGGCAACCAUUAUGAGUCAUUGGAUUCUGAUGACAAAAGGACAUCAUUUGGACGACAUGCUCCAGCACCAGGCAAUAAGGAGGGAGCCAAACAUUUUACAAAUAAAGCCUAUGAAAAUAAUGAAGUUGUCCAAGAAAGACUAUAAAAAAAGUGUGCAUGAAGCUUCUGAAUAAACAAGUAUGGAUGGUAAAUUAAAAAAAAAAUACUGUACAAUGUUACAAAUAAAAGAUGUUAAAAGUUUUUUUGUAAAAUGAUGAAUAACUGUGAAUGUGUGGUGGGUGAAAAUAAAUGAAUUUGCAUUUAAGAUUGAAGAGACUGUCAAUGAGCAUUGGUUUUUUUAUAAAUUUAAUUGAAGAAAUGAUGUGAGAUGCCAUUCAAUUAAGUAUUAUCCUAAUCUGUUGUGCUAAAUACUUUUGAAAAAAAAUGUAAAGUUUUUUAAGGUAACCUGGCCCAGCUGCUCAUUAAAAUCAUCAGUUCUAGAGAAUUUCA